CAUACUUACCUUGAUGGGAUAUUCCCCUUCAUGUACCUGGGAGUGUCGGCCGUUGGGUUCUUCCAUUGCACGGCGACCUUGUCCCCAGAGGAACCUGGCGGUUUGUACGGUCCUAUGGGCCGUGCACCGUCUCAAUAUUUUCCUGUCCCACUCCGGCCCUCGGGCUGGGUGGGCCAUUUUUUUUUGGCCGGUUCGCUGGGCUAA